AAAAGGCACUUGUCAACUUCUCUAUAUAAACUCAAGCCUCGAGCUAUUAUCUUCAUAUCCACAACAAAAUUGUUUGAUAAAUACAAAUUUUGCUAAUUAACUACAAUACCCAAAUUUUCCCCCAAUGGCUUCUUUUCCUUCUUACAAAGCUCUCUUAACUUGCGCGGUCCUCCUCGUCCUCCUAAGUAGCUCCUCCGCUAAACUUUAUGGCCCAGAUUAUUACUCGAUAGCUUGCCCCAACCUUACUGAUAUCGUGAGAAAUGUCGUGGCUCGUGCGAUUAAGAACCAGGCUCGGAUGGGAGCCUCCCUCCUUCGCAUGCAUUUCCAUGAUUGUUUCAUUAACGGAUGUGAUGGGUCGAUUCUGCUAGACGACACACCGACUCUCAAGGGAGAGAAGAACGCGGGCCCCAACAAACACUCCCUCAGAGGAUAUGAUGUCAUUGACCACAUCAAGGAAGCUGUGGAGAAAAAGUGCCCGGGCGUGGUCUCUUGUGCCGAUAUCUUGGCCAUUGCCGCUAGGGAUUCAGUCAACAUUCUUGGCGGGCCCAGCUGGCAAGUACAGCUAGGAAGAAGAGACUCCAGGACAGCUAACUUCAGUUUAGCGAACAGUAGCCUUCCUUCCGGCCUUCCUUCUCCACAAUCAAACCUCACUACCCUUAUCAUGAAUUUCAAGGCACACGGGCUUUCAGUCCACGACCUCGUCACCCUCUCUGGCGCUCACACAAUCGGGCAAGCAAGAUGUGUCAGCUUCCGGGCCCACAUAUACAACGACAGCAAUGUGGACACGACGUUUGCGAAUAGCCUAAAGUCCAUAUGCCCGUCAGCCUCCGGAUCGAAUGACAACAACCUGGCGCCGUUAGAUGCCGGGAGCUCCACGAUAUUCGACAAUCACUAUUACGUUGACCUCUUUUACAACAAGGGGCUCCUUCACUCGGACCAAGAAUUGUACAACGGUAACUCGAGCACCGCUAAACAUGUUGUCACCUACCUUCAUAAUACCACUGCGUUUGCCAUGGAUUUCGCAAAGGCGAUGGUCAAAAUGGGGAAUAUGAAUCCGUUGACCGGAUCGAAUGGAGAGAUCAGGAAAAACUGCAGGAGGGGAUGUGACGCAUCAGUCCUUCUAAAAGACACAUCGACUUUCACGGGAGAGCAAUCCGCGACGCCCAAUAAGAACUCCAUUAGAAAACUUGAAGUAAUCGACCAAAUCAAGUCGGAGGUAGAGACCAAAUGCCCGGGAAUGGUCUCUUGUGCCGAUAUCUUGGCCAUUGCUGCUCGGGAUGCUGUUGAUAUCCUUAGCGGCAAUAAGGUAUGUUACAUGGUGGAAAUGGGACGAUUGGACUCCACAACCGCAAACAAAACUGCAGCAAACAACUUAAUUCCUCCUCCGACUUCGAGUAUUAGUGACCUUAUCACAAACUUCAAAAAUCACGGACUUACCGAAACGGACCUUGUUCUUCUCGCGGGCGCUCACACGAUUGGGAAAGCAAGAUGCACGAGCUUCAAGAAUCGGUUAUACAAUGAGACCAAUAGCCUCGACAAAAAUUUCGCCAAUAAUCUACGUAGAAUCUGCUCGCCAGAUGAUAGUAAAACCGGAAACAACACGGCCGAUUUGGAUUACCAAACGCCAAAUGUUUUUGACAAUCAUUAUUACCAAAACAUUAUCGCUAAUAAGACUUUGCUCCACUCGGAUCACCAAUUGCUCAAUAACAGUGACACCAAAUAUCUCGUCAGUAAAUAUAGCAAUGAUAAUGUUGGAUUUUCCAGAGAAUUUGGUCAAGCGAUGAUCAAUAUGGGACGCCUUAAGCGUACCGCAGGGGAGAAGAUGGAGAUACGGAAAACGUGUUGGAAGCAGAAUUAGAAAAUUCGGUCGGUUUUUCGUGACUAUUAUUAUCAUUAUUAUCGUACUUAUAAUUAAUCCUCGUUUGGAGUUUGUGUUUGUGUGUUUCUUUUUUGAGUUGUGUGCCUUUUUCAACAAUUGUUUGUUAACAAUUGUCAUGUGUGUUGUUGUUGUACUCUGUUUGUAUGCUUAAAAAUAUGAAUAAAAGUUUUAGUUUUGUGUAUGUCUCUGCAUGGAAUGUAUGUAAAAAUUAUGACAUUAAAAUGAACAAUAUAAUUAUUAGUAGGAAG